UUAGAUAGAUAUAUGUUAGGUAAUUAUAUGAAUGGAAAUUAUCAUCUAAACGUGGCUGGCUUGACGUUGUCAUCGUAACUCCCUCCCCCUUCCCGAAUUACAGUUUCCGGUAACUAUCAAACCUCCGUAGCCCAUACCCAAGGCAUUAACUAGCACCCACUCAGUUCCACAUAUCGUCACUCCUAACAGCAUCGAGAAAGGGAGUAAAAGCACGUUUCGACAAUAUCAUUCGUUUCGAAACACAUAUAUCUGUAAAACAUUGAUAUGGACCGUGAGAAAUAUUACCAAUCGUACAGCCAUUCCCCGCCGACGAACAAUAUGUCGCACUCCCACCCAUCCUCUCAUUACCACGGCUCCUCGCCGCAGCAGCACCAGCCCGGGCCGUACCCCGCCGCCGGCGCCGGUGGAAGCCACCAGUUCCACGGCGAGGACCAGCAUCAGCAACACCAGCACCAGCAGCGGAUGGCGUCGGACCAGGCGUAUAGAGCGACGUUGUGAGUCUCCUUUUGAAUUUACCGUGGGGUGUUAUUGUCUAUGUCUAUUCUCAGAAUCCCAACAUACUUACCUAAGGUACCUACCUGGCUUAUUACCUUACCUCCUACCUUUUCUGCCCAGCGCCUCCCACGAACGCGCGGUAUUCCAAGACGAGGCGCGCGCGCGGGCGCGACGCCGGGACGCGGCCCGCAACC